UCUGAGGCAAAGCGAUGUGGGAGCUGGCUUCGGCCUCUCCAAGACGCGUGUGGGCGUUCCGUUGGAAACAUCUUGCCCUUCGGCUCUGGACCCAGCAGUCGGACCUCCCCAGCCCCCUCAGAGGCACAGUGUAAACAGCGGGGACGAGGUAGAGAAGCCCCCCUAGCUGCUCCGGACAGUGUUGUUGAGAUGGAGGCGCGGGUUUUACUUUGCGUCCUGGUCUUGUGCUGGAACCCUUGUGGAUUUGCGCAAAAUGAUUAUGAAUUGCAGGAUGAUAUUUUCAAUGACUUGGAUUUAGUUCUGAAUGUUGCUCCACGGAGGGAGCGUCGACAGGUGAAGACCAUGCUCACAAAGGAGACUAAGCCGCAUAUGACGGAGUUAACGGUGAAGACCACUGUGAUCUCUCGCUACGCCUUCACGGCGGUCUACUGCAAGAUGUUCAACCGCCACGCCUUCGCCUCAGAGGGCACCUUCCACUUUCAGAUCCCCACCGCCGCCUACAUCUCCAACUUCACCAUGAUUAUAGGUGGGCGGGUGUUCCCCAGCCAGAUCAAGCCGAGGGAGAAGAAGGCCAAAAAGGUGAAGGAGGGGGAGGGCCCCACGGAGAAGCCCAAGAAUCCCGACAACCAAGGUGAGGGCCACAUGGAGACCUUCAAGAUGGCGGUGACCAUCCCGGGCCGCAACUCCGCCGUCUUCAUGCUGACCUACGAGCAGCUCCUGCAGCGGCGAUUGGGCUACUACGAGCACGUGACCAGCGUCCGGCCGCUCCAAUUGGUCAGUCGUCUGUCGGUGGAGGUGACCGUGGUGGAGCACUCGCGCAUCACUCACCUGGAGGUGCUGCCAAUGCGCAAUGGCAAGGCGGCAGCCAGCGGGAACACUGCAGAUGGUAGGUCCGCACCUAUGCCCAUAUCCACGGUGGUGGAGCGUAACAACAGCAUGUGCCGUGCGAAGUUCAGCCCCAGCAUCGUGCAGCAGGCGCGGCUCACCACCACCGGGAACCUGGGCGACUUUGUGGUGCGCUACGACGUGGAGAGGGAGAUGGGCAUCGGGGACAUUCAGGUGUUGGAUGGCUACUUUGUUCACUACUUCGCCCCGAGGGAUCUGCCUGUGGUGCCCAAGAACGUGGUCUUCGUCAUCGACACCAGCGCCUCCAUGCUCGGCACCAAGAUGAGACAGACGAAGGAGGCCCUCUUCACCAUCCUGAGGGACUUGAGGCAGGGCGACCGCUUCAACUUCGUCAGCUUCUCCAACCGGGUGCGUGUGUGGCAGCCCGGCAAGCUGGUGCCCGUCACGCCCCUCAACGUACGAGACGCCAAGAAGUUCAUCUACAUGAUCUCACCCACAGGAGGAACUGACAUCAACAGUGCCAUGCAAUCAGGCGCCUCCCUGCUGAGCGACUACCUGUCCAGCCCCGAGGCCGAGGCGGCCAAUCAGAACUCGGUAUCUCUGAUCAUCUUCGUGACGGACGGACGGCCCACGGUGGGCGAGCUGCAGACGGCGAGCAUUCUGGGUAACGCGCGCUCGGCGGUCAACGAGAAGUUCUGCGUCUUCACCAUCGGCAUGGGUGACGAUGUGGACUACCGGCUGCUGGACCGCAUGGCUCUGGAGAACUGCGGCACCAUGAGGAGGAUACCGGAGGAGGCCGACGCACGCACACUCCUCAAGGGGUUCUAUGAUGAGAUCGGUACCCCUCUGUUGUCGGACAUCGAGGUGGAGUAUUCUGAGGACUCGGUGGAGUACGUCACGCAGCACGUCUUCACCAACUACUUCAACGGCUCAGAGAUCGUCAUCGCCGGCAAACUGACCAAUCAGAGUUCGGAUACGCUUCACGUAAAGGUGGCGGCUAGCAACAGCGACCGCAGCAUCGUCAUGGAGACUGAUGUGCCUCUACGGCAACGGCAGUUGGAGACGCAGAAACGCAUGAAGGCAGCUGGGCUGGCCACUGGCAUGGGCCUGGACGCAGUCAGAGGCAUAGUUCCAAGUGCCGGCUCAGUCCACCCCACCAGCAAACCCAGCAGUGCAGCAGCGGGCAACACCAACCGAGGGCCAGGCCCAAAACCAGGCACCCGACCAGCCCUACGACCAGGCACACCACAGAGAGGCUCAGCCUCCAACCAUGCAGACAGAGACAGGACACAGGUCACCACAGACGGAUCCCCGUCGUCCACAGAUCCAGACGGUACCCAGUCGGAGCUCACCAACGGGCCUGGCUACGUGGAGCGCCUGUGGGGAUUUAUGAGUGUGAAGGACGGGCUGCGUUCGCGCCUGCGGAGCCACACCAGUCGCGAGCGGGAAGAACACACCCAGCUGGCCGCCAACCUAUCCAUGACGUACAACUUCCUUACUCCGCUCACCGACAUGAACGUAGAACGUCCCCAGGUGCUUGCCGAUGGUACUUUGGCCACCGAGCCCACACCCACUGAGGAGACACCUACUGCUGCUGUGAUUGUUGGGGAGACAGGAAGAGGAGGUGGAGCAUCCAAUGAGCUUGCAGAGGGGGAGGAGUCUAUGGGAGGAGGGGGAGGGGUUUCAUCUGGGUCGUCAUCGUCGCCGUCACAGAGCCUGACGAGGAAGAAGGACCAGCCGGGGAAGAGUACAAAUGGAGGCAAGGUGACGGGCAGUGCUGUAAAGAGGUCGUCCAAGAAGUCGGUCACCAUCUCCAAAACAUCCGCGGACGGUGAUCCUCACUUUGUGGUGGAGUUUCCUCUCAGUAAGCUGACGGUGUGCUUCAACAUCAACGGAGAGCCCGGCCACGUCCUACGCCUGGUCUCCGACCACAAACAGUCUGGCGUGACGGUGAAUGGCAAACUGAUCGGUGCGCCGCCCCCUCCUGGCAGCCACAAGCAACUACGCACCUACUUCAGCACCAUCACCAUCGUGGCGGCCAAGCCCCGGCGCUCCUACAUCGAGCUCACUCCCAAGAAGGUGAUCCUGGACGGCCGCGACCGCAUGGUGCUGCCCUGUGACAAGAGCGUCUCCGUGGAGUCGGGUGACCUCGCCGUCGCCAUAGCGGCGGGAGCCAACGUCACGGUAACCAUCAGGGGCAACAUCGGCUUCGUGAUCCUGCUGCACCAGUACAAGAACCCGGCGGCCUACCAGAGGGACCACCUGGGCUUCUACAUCUCCAACAGCAAGGGGCUCAGCAAGGACACGCACGGCCUGCUGGGCCAGUUCCUGAAUGAGGAGGUGGCACUGACAAACAUGACCACCAACGUCACGGCCAUCACACACCACGAGCCCCCCACAACAGCAGAGGGCGAUACUGAGUCUGAGUCUCCACCGACGCCAAACAACAACAACACCGCCGCCACCACCACUGCCCUGAAGGUCAAAGGUCGCACGGUGCCCGUGGUGAGGAAGUCGCGGCGCAUCUACAGCGGCCGCGAGAUGGUGGACUGCUGGUUUGCGCGUAACAACGCCGCCAAGCUGAUCGACGGCCAGUACGCGGACUAUGUGGUGCCGCACAUGUUCGACACGGACACUGGGCCCACUGGGCACAGCAACAGCAACGCCAACACGGACUGAUGAUGAGGCAGCGCUGCUGAGCAUGAUGAAGAUGAAGAUGAAGACACACACACGCACACACAGAGAAGGGCUAGCCAUUCCAAACACACA